AUGCUGCGCGUUGUUGCCGACAACCUCGAGGCUGCCCCAUCCGACCCUUCCUCAUUCUUCCUCAAUAAAUACCUGCUCUGGCGAUUUCGGACGCUACCGUUGAUCUACCCACCUCCAACUCCCCAUCCAAUGGCCCUUGCUCCUUUCAACGACAAGGUCGGCAUUUACCUUGCGAAUCCGAAUGCUUCCGACGUUCGUCACCGUCCGGAUCGAGGCUCAGUUUGGUUGGCCAUUACUUCAAAGGAUGACGACGCCUGGGUUACUGUCAGACAGGAACACAAUGCUUCAUUCACUGUCCCCUUUGCUACGAUCAAACAUGUUACGAAGAUCGAUGCGGAAAUUGACAUUGACAUGUACGACGUCGGAUAUUAUUCCGAUUCGCUCGAACUCAUCGAGGGGGUGGUAACUGUCCUCGCUCCCAAGGGUCAAUCGAAAUCUUGGCCAGUCAUCAAGGGAAGGUUGGUGGCGGCAGGCGACCAUACUCUUAGGGUAUACACCGAAGGCCCCAAUGCACCACAGAAAGAGCUGAGAUCGCCUGAGCUCCAGCGGCUCCGCGAGACCAUUGACGACGCCUUGGAUACUUUACAAGAUGCAGAUUCCUCCCCGCGCGAACGGCGUCAGGCAAAGAUCAUCGUAGAGAGCACCUUCGCUACCUUCGUUGCGGUGGUUUCUGAUUUUUUCGCCGCUCGGUAG